AUGUCGGAGCGAGGAGGGCUCCCGCGGACUGGGGGCGUCCCCUCGCCGCACAUGCAGCCCUCCAAGCCGGUCAGCAUCACCUCCAACCGGCCGGUCCACAUGAACCUGUACGCUACCUGGGAGGUGGACCGCUCCUCACCUAGCUGUGUGCCGAGGAGCAGCUGCAGCCUUUCCCAGACAGACUCAGUUGCCACCCGAUCAAUGCAGGCGCAGAUGUUGAUGAAGCAUUGGCAACCCAACAUCAAGCAGAAGUUUGUGGCCUUGCUGAAAAGGUUUAAAGUCACGGAUGAGGUCGGUUUUGGCCUGGAGCAUGUGUCGAGGGAGCAGAUCCAGGAGGUGGAGGAGGACCUGGACGAGCUCUACGACAGUCUAGAGAUGUACAACCCCAGCGACAGCGGGCCAGAGAUGGAGGAGACCGACAGCAUCCUCAGCACACCCAAGCCUAAGCUAAGGCCGUUCUUUGAGGGGAUGUCCCAGUCCAGCUCGCAGACGGAGAUUGGCAGUCUGAACAGCAAAGGCAGCCUGGGCAGAGACCCUUUCAGCCUGCAGGGGGAGCAGCUUCCUCUAGAGAAGAUGAAACCCUCCCGCAGCCGCAACCUGGAGGAAGCCCUGUCUGAGACCGACACACUGGAGCUAACAGAUCAGGAGCUGUUUGCCGAAGUGGGCCCCUGCAUCAUGGUGUCAGUGGCAGAGAAACCCCGUACACCCAUGAAGAGCAGCAAAAAUGAAACCCAGGCCAUGCCAUCACCAAGGUUGGACGGAGGCCACACCCCCAGACAGAAGCGCAUCAGCACCCCCAUGAAGGAGAGACAGCUGUCCAAACCUCUGAGUGAACGGACCAACAGCUCGGACUCGGAGAGAUCCCCGGAGCUGGGACACAGCACACCUCUCCUGAGGAAGGUGGUGUACGACCAGCUGAACCAGAUUCUGUUGUCGGACUCUGCGCUCCCCGAAAGUCUGAUCUUGGUCAACUGCACUGACUGGCAGGGGCAGGUAAGGCUCCGCAACCUGGAGGAAGCCCUGUCUGAGACCGACACACUGGAGCUAACAGAUCAGGAGCUGUUUGCCGAAGUGGGCCCCUGCAUCAUGGUGUCAGUGGCAGAGAAACCCCGUACACCCAUGAAGAGCAGCAAAAAUGAAACCCAGGCCAUGCCAUCACCAAGGUUGGACGGAGGCCACACCCCCAGACAGAAGCGCAUCAGCACCCCCAUGAAGGAGAGACAGCUGUCCAAACCUCUGAGUGAACGGACCAACAGCUCGGACUCGGAGAGAUCCCCGGAGCUGGGACACAGCACACCUCUCCUGAGGAAGGUGGUGUACGACCAGCUGAACCAGAUUCUGUUGUCGGACUCUGCGCUCCCCGAAAGUCUGAUCUUGGUCAACUGCACUGACUGGCAGGGGCAGUAUGUUGCAGAGCAGCUCCAGGUACAGAGACACCCUGUGGUUUGCACGUGUUCUGCAGCUGAAAUCCAGGCAGUGCUGUCGGCUGUGCUCACUCGCAUCCAGAAAUUCUGUAACUGUAACUCGUCCAUGCCCAGGGCGGUGAAGGUGGCGGCAGUGGGCAGCCAGAGCUACCUGGGAGCUAUCCUGCAGUUCUUUGUCACUCAGCUCGCCAACAAGACGUCCGACUGGCUCAACCACAUGCGCUUCCUGGUUGUGCCUCUGGGCUCCCAUCCGGUUGCCAAACACCUUGGCGCCCUCGACAAUCGUUACAGCUCGUCCUUCCUGGACGGGCCGUGGAGAGACGUGUUCAGCCGCUCUGAGCCGCCACAGACAGAUCAGCUGGAUGUGGCGGGAAGAAUCGCCCAAUACAUCAGCGGAGCCACAGUCACACACCAGCUGCCCAUCGCUGAGGCCAUGCUCACCUGCAAACACAGGACGCGAGAUGAGGACUCCUACCAGAAGUUUAUUCCUUUCAUAGGGGUAGUGAAGGUUGGUCUCAUCGAGUCUGGUCCUUCUCCAACAGGAGAUACAGAAGAGGGUGUGGCGGUGAGCUUGGCCGUCCCCUCCACGUCUCCCCCUUCCCACAGCUCACCCACGGGGAUGAUUAAAGAGGCAGCCACGCCCCCCUCCUCUCCCUCCAUGGGCAGCGUCCUGUCAGUACAAGGGAGUCCCAGUAUGUCUCACGGCGUGGAUGCCAUCGGCCUGCAGGUGGACUACUGGCUUGCCUCUUUGGCCGAGAAACGGCGGGAGGGCGAGCGGCGUGACACUAGCUGCAAGAACACGCUGAAAAGCGCCUUCCGCUCACUGCAGGUCAGCAGGCUACCAGGCGGGGGCAGCAACGAUCCACAGGCCCAGGUCAGCACCAUGGCCAUGACCGUGGUCACCAAGGAGAAGAACAAGAAAGUUCCCACCAUCUUCCUGGGAAAGAAGCCAAAGGAGAAGGAUGUAGACUCAAAGAGCCAGGUCAUUGAAGGCAUCAGCCGACUCAUCUGCUCCGCCAAGCAGCAGCAGACCAUCCUGAAAGUGACCAUAGACGGCGUGGAGUGGAACGAUGUUAAGUUCUUCCAGCUGGCCGCCCAGUGGCCCACUCACGUCAAAUACCUACCUGUCGGACUUUUCGGCUACAGCAAGCCCCUCUCCUAGGGGUGAGCACCCGCCAGCUCCUCUGACCCUGACUUGACCUUCGACUUCCCUCAAUCUCAUCACAACUUUGCGCAAAGACCCCACCUCUGAGCACCUGCAGAGCUGAUGGAAGACGUCAUGCGGCUGGACUAUUUGUUUUUGUUUUUUUUUAUUUUGGCUACAGUUGUCUUAUUUUUUUUGGGGGGGGGGAGAAGGGAGGUGUUGGGGUCCAGCGCUGUUACUAGUCACUUUAAUGCCCCUUUUGGUGUGUGUGUUUGUGUGUGUGGCGAGUGUGCAUGCACACGUGAAUGUACAGUGUGUCUGUGUGUGUGUGUUUGUGUGUGUGUUUUUACAAGGGGCUUACAGCACAAGUUUAUUAGCUAACUGCCAUUUACGUUUCCGUUUUAUGGAAUGCAAUAGCAUGCGACAACUCACCGAUUUCAAGCCCUUAAAGUUUGACCCUCAACUUCUGACCCCUUCAAGGUCCUUCUCACCUCAAGACCUGACCCACACGUGCAUGCUCCAAACUAACAGAUUCACCACUCAUGUGCCAGAAACAGUAACUCAAAGUAAAAACGCAACGGGUCUUCAGUGUUUGCAUGAGCCAGUGAAAACUCACAAAAUGCAUUCAAAUAAAAGACCUGCCUGUGAUUUCUCCUCCGAUACGUCCACAGAACAGACGCCCUUCGAAACAGGCCCAUUCUUUUUUUAGAAUUUUUUUUCAAGGGCUUCCAUAUAAUUUAAAAUAUUUUUUCUUUACCAGAAUAAGUCGUUUGGAUGUCUAAUGCCAAAUGUUUAUUUUCAAAAAAAGAAUAAAAAUAAAGGGGAA